AUGAUCCCCCUUUCGCGUGAGCUUCACCCUUCAGUCUGGCCUUCCAGACGUGCUGCGAAGCCCAUGCAUAAAGGCUAUCCAUCCUUGGCAGCUUCUACCCCUCCCUGCUUCUCCAUAAUUGGCCCGCUUUCACUCUUGACAGUACUUACCCUCUUGUAUGCCAUCGUCUCGGAGCGUGCACCCUACACGCUGGCAGCGGCCCGUAUGCGGAUUUCUUCCAUGGAUGCGGCAGGGUCUGCUGAGAAGAGGGCCGCAGGCUUCGCGUCUGACAACACUCCACAAGAAGAGAAGAUAGAAGAGAGCACAGUGCCGGCGCCGUGCAUGUGCAGUCGGCUGAAGAUACCCCCGCCUUGGAGAGCACAGCUCGGGACAUCCGAGUGA